AUGCGCAGGCUAUAUAUGGAUAAAAAAAGGCCAGACCGACUCGCGGAGCAUCUUCAGCUCCUUGAUGAUAUGGAAACAUUUCAGAAGCCAGCGCUCGAUCAUCUCUAUGCAACAGGUUACCUGCAUGCGAGCGGAAACAAUUGUGACAAAUGCCAUCCUCAAUCAGUGGUGGUCCGCCCAGUGCGCUCCAACCACCGCGCUAUCUCUGUCCACUAUGGGACUAUUGCUUCUGGGAACUCUGUUGUCAAGGAUGCCAAAAUGCGAGACUUGUACGCAAAUGACCCAGAGUUGAACGUUUUGUGCUUUGAGAUGGAAGCCGCAGGCCUCAUGAACAAUAUCCCUUGUCUCCUCAUCAGGGGAAUCUGCGACUAUUGUGACUCUCAUAAAAACGAUGCAUGGCAUAACUACGCUGCACUUACUGCUGCAGCAUAUGCACGAGAGCUACUCCUCGUCUUGCGAUCGCAACGAGUGGAUUCCAUGCCGCCCUGGGCUGAUCGAGUGAAACAGGAACUUCAACAAGUCAAUCACAGUUUGGCCAAUCUUAAGAAUGAUCAAAGGGCUUUUCAAAUAACGGUUGAUUCAAUUGAUCAGAAGAUUGAUUGGGGCAAGCUAUCAAUAGCUCAAGAUGCGGCAUUUGAUUCGUAUGUGGAUCAAGGUGAAGAUGAAUGCUUCCCAGGAACCCGGACUGAACUUCUUUUCCAAAUCAAGGAAUGGGCCUCCUCUGCACAGGAUAAACCUAUCUUCUGGCUAAGUGGCAAGGCUGGAACGGGAAAGUCAACAAUCUCUCGAACGAUAGCAAAAGAUUUCCAAAACAAGAAGCUCCUUGGAGCGAGUUUCUUUUUCAAGAGGGGAGAAGGAGACCGAGGAACCGCCAGGAGAUUCUUUCCAACAAUCAUUAAGCAGCUUGUGAUUCUGAUUCCUCGGCUAAAGCCAGCGAUCCAAAAGGCACUCGGUGACGAGCCUGAAAUUGCGGGAAAGUCUCUCCAAGAACAGUUCGACAAACUACUCCUUCAGCCAUUGCAAAAUUUACAGAGAGCAGACACCCUACCUCCAAUCAUUGUGAUAAUGCUUGACGCAUUGGACGAGGGCGAGCCGGAUGGAGAGAUGUGUCGUCUUCUUCAAUUAUUACGACGGCUGCGAGAUAUACAAUCCGUCUCUUUACGAAUUUUUUUGACGAGUAGGCCCGAGUGGCCAAUUCUUCAAGAGUUUUCCAAGAUCACAAGCCAUGAUUACAAAGACCUGAUUCUUCAUGAAGUACCAGCGCCAGUUAUACAUCAUGAUGUAUCUUUAUUCUUGAAGCAACGACUCUCAGUAAUUCAAAUCGACCGCUCUCUACCUAAUGAUUGGCCCGGGGACGUGAAUUUUGAUAUCCUUGUGGAAUUAUCUGUUCCCCUCUUCAUCUUUGCCGCCACUGCCUGCCGUGUAUUUCAAGACUACCGUUUGGACCCGGAGGCUAGCCUAGCUGAGAUCCUAGCACAUAAGAAUGAUGGGUCUGGAUUUGAUGCAACAUAUCGUCCUGUAUUGGACCGACUUCUUCGAGGACAAGAUGGGGGUAAGCAAAGGCGGCUUGUUCAGGAAUUUCACGAAACAGUUGGUGCGAUUGUCAUGCUUGAGAGUCCUCUCUCAGUCGUCUCUCUUUCGAGGCUUCUCGAUUUGUCUGAGAAGCAAAUUUACACUACUCUCAACUCAUUCCAUUCAGUACUAAAUGUACCGAAUGAAUUGACCCAGCCGGUGCGAAUGUUUCAUCUAUCUUUUCGCGACUUUCUUCUCGAUCCUGAAACGCGCAAGAAAACUCCCUUGGGGCUGGAUGAGAAAGAAAUCCACUACCAUUUGGCCAUUAAAUGUCUUACUACGUGUGGGACAUUGCGGAAGAAUAUAUGCGAACUCCAGAGCGAUGGAACCUUACGUGCGGAUAUUGAUGACCAGGCCAUUGAUGAGUGUUUUCCCGCCGAAUUACGAUACUCCUGUCGAUACUGGGUACAUCAUACGGCUCAGUGUGUAGAUAGUAGUGACGUCAAACCUCGCGCACUCUCAUUCCUCAAGACGCAUUUUCUAUACUGGGCGGAAGCAAUGAGCCUGUUAAGUCUUAUAUCAGAGGUGGUAGGGGCCAUAAAUCUCCUCCAGUCCGCUAUACAGGUAAUCUCUUCUAACAAUCAUAUAUGA